AUGGCGGCAGACUUGGCUGCCCUUAAGGACUGGGUCACCGCGGCGGACGGCGAGCAGUUCUCCCGGCUGCCGGAGGGAGUCGUGAGCGUCAACAUUUCGCACUCCAACAUCACCGCGCGCAUGAUCGAGCUCAAGUUCGACCUCAGCCAGACGCUCGGAGACGUAAAAGGCAAGAUCUACACGCACUGCGGUACCAAUCCGGGGAUGCAGAAGCUCAGCCUACGCUCGGGCGGGCAGACGAUGUGUCAGCUGGAUGACGACUCGAAGAAGCUGGGGUUCUACGGAGUGCAGUCGGGGAUGGAGAUACACGUGACCGACGAUGAUCCGUUCUCCCUCACUCGCGGAGGGGCAUUGGAAGACUUGUCGCGGGUACAAAAGUACCGCAUGAGCGAGGAGGACUACGACAAAAGAGAGGGGACGCUCAGGAUCACGACUUCCUGUGCAGACCGUCCGGUCACUUUCGAGAGGUGGCGGGCGCACCUCAGACUCCCGACCCGCCGCAAUGUGCUUGAAACGUUCGUUUGUACUUUUUCUACGGGCUCGUGUUGGUGUUGA